AUGGCCGACGACAUUGAAAGGAAUCAAGAGAAACAUAGCAAUGGCGAGCCACCCCAACUGCCAGAAUUGCAGCGAAGGCUCAAAAGCCGACAUCUACAGAUGAUCGCAAUGGGAGGUGCCAUUGGUACAGGUCUGUUUAUUGGUAGUGGAAGUGCAAUUGCUACUGCAGGCCCCGUUGGUGCCCUGAUUGCAUUCACCUUCAUUGGAUCAAUCGUGUAUUCAGUCAUGAUAGCCUUGGGUGAGGUGGCCACCUACCUACCGAUCCCAGGAGCCUUUGCUACAUAUGCGACACGCCUGGUCGAUCCUAGCUUAGGCUUUGCAAUGGGCUGGAUCUACUGGUUUUCAUGGGCCUCGACAUUUGCCCUGGAGUUGACUGCCACUGGCCUGAUCAUUCAAUAUUGGGAUGACACGAUCCCAAUGGCAAUAUUCAUUGCUGUGUUUUGGGUUGUCAUCAUAAUCUUGAACAUGUUUCCUGUGAGCUGCUACGGUGAAGUCGAAUUUUGGCUUUCAAGCAUCAAGAUCAUCACCGUUGUCGGGUUUAUGAUAUUCGCCAUUUGCAUCAAUGCUGGCGUUGGCAGGGAGGGCUAUCUAGGAUUCAGAUACUGGGUGCACCCAGGCCCGUUCCGACCUUAUCUGAUUGAAGAUUCUGGACAAGAUGCUCUGGCUAAAUUCAUCGGAUUCUGGGCCAUUUUGAUCAAAGCCGGGUUUUCCUACCAAGGUACUGAGCUUGUCGGUAUUGCUGCGGGUGAAACGGAAAAUCCCCGUAAGAACAUUCCCUCGGCCAUUCGAAAGACCUUUUUCCGAAUCGUGUUUUUCUUUGUUUUUACCAUUUUCUUCGUCGGUAUCGUCGUGCCAUCCAACGACAAACGCCUUACCGACAAUGAUAGCGGUGCAAAUGCGGAUGCAUCUCCCUUUGUUAUCGCUGCGAAACGUGCCGGUGUCAACGUCCUACCUAGUAUCAUCAACGCGGUCCUACUUACGGUGGUACUUUCCGCUGCCAAUUCGAACGUUUACAGCGGGAGUCGAAUUCUUGUUGGUUUGGCUCACGAGGGUUUCGCUCCUCGCUUUUUCUUAAAAACGACCAAACACGGCGUGCCCUAUGGAAGUGUUGGAUUCACAGCACUUUUUGGCCUGUUGGGCUUCCUCAAUGUGUCCAAUGCCGGAGCCACUGUUUUCAACUGGUUGAUGCAGAUUGCUGGCUUGGCCGGUUUUAUUACCUGGGCCUCUCUUAAUAUUUGCCAUCUAGCAUUUAUGAGAGCUUUGGCUGCGCAGGGAAUCUCACGCGACACGCUUCCAUAUAAAGCUACCUGGCAGCCUUUUUUCUCGUGGUACGGCUUGUUCUUCAACCUGCUUAUUAUCAUCACCCAGGGCUUCACUUCUUUCAUCCCGAAGUUCAGUGUCACCGACUUUUUUAUCAAUUAUCUCAGUCUGAUCUUGUUCGCGGUGCUAUACAUUGGUCAUAAGGUUGCUUUCCGACCGAAGUUUGUGAAGCCUAUCGAGGCGGAUAUUAACACUGGGCGGUGUGAGGAGUGA